AUGGCAGCGACUACCAUAGUGCAUGACACAUCUGAGGCAGUGGAGCUGUGCCCUCUGUACAGCCUCUACCUGAAGCCCAUCACCAAGAUCACUAUCAGUGUUGCCCUCCCGCAGCUGAAGCAGCCCAGGAAGUCUGUUUCUAACUGGGAGGUGAUGGAGAGGCUGAAGGGUAUGGUGCACAACCACCAGUUCUCCACGCUGCGCAUUUCCAAGAGCACCAAGGACUUCAUCCGCUUCGAGGGCGAGGUGGAGAACAAGAGCAUGGUCAAGUCUUUGCUGGCCUGCCUGGAAGGCAAGACCAUCAAGCUCAGUGGCUUCUCUGACAUCCUCAAAGUGCAUGCGGCUGAGCUCAAGAUUGAGUUCCCCACCCGCCAUGACUGGGAUUCCUUCUUCCUGGACUCCAAAGACAUGAACAAAACGAAGCCUGGAGAGCGGCCAGAUACGAUCCACCUGGAGGGGCUGCCCUGCAAGUGGUUCGCCCUGAAGGCAUCAGGCUCUAAGAAGCCCAGUGAGGAGGUCCUGGUCAAGGUGUUUGAGAAGUUUGGGGAGAUCCGGAAUGUGGACAUCCCCAUGCUGGACCCCUACCGGGAAGAGAUGACUAGGCACAACUUCCAUACCUUCAGUUUUGGGGGCCACUUGAACUUCGAGGCAUAUGUCCGGUACUGUGAGUACUCAGGCUUCAUCCAGGCCAUGAGCACCCUGCGUGGGAUGAAGCUUAUGUACAAGGGUGAGGAGGGCAAGGCUGUGGCCUGCAACAUCAAGGUGUCUCUUGAUUCAACCAAACACCUAAGCGAUGCCUCCAUCAAGAAGCGGCAGCUGGAGAGACAGAAACUGCAGGAACUGGAGCAACAGCGGGAGGAACAGAAGCGGCGAGAGAAAGAGGCAGAGGAACGGCAGAGGGCCAAGGAGAGGAAACAGAAGGAACUGGAAGAAAUGCAAAGGGAGCGAAAGAGAGAGGAGAAACUUCGCAAGAGGGAGCGUAAGCAGAGGGACCGUGAGCUCCGGCGCAACCAGAAGAAGCUGGAGAAACGUCAGGCAGAGGAGCAGAAAAAGCUGCAGAAGAUCAAGCUGGAGGAGCGGAAGCUGCUGCUGGCCCAGCGCAACCUGCAGUCCAUCCGGCUGAUUGCAGAGCUGCUGAGCCGUGCCAAGGCCCUGAAGGUCCAGGAGCAGGAGCAGAAGGAUCAGGCUCUGUGGCAGCAGCAGCUGGAGGAGAAGCAGUGGCUGCGGGACCCUGAGCUGAGGCCAGUGGAGGAGGAAGAGCGUGCCCUGAGGCUGCAGAGGAAGGAGAGGCAGCUUAGCCAGGGCCUGCUGAGCAUCCUACUGAGCAAGAAGGCAGAUGACUCACAGGUGCAGGACAGGCUUGGCGUGGCAAACUCGGACCUGCUGCAGCCCAUGCUGGACAUAUUGCAGACAGUGUCAGCUGGGUAUGUGAGUGCUACCUCCUCACAUCUUUUGGCAGACCAGCUUUCCCCUAGCACCCCAAAGGAGACUCUUCUGUGGCCAGAGACAGAGUGCACUCCUAGAAAUAGGAACAGGAACAUGGUCAAGGACACUCAGUGCAGGGACCUACAGCCAUCUCACCCAAUCGCCCCCAACAAUGUCUCCUGGCAGAAGAGAUAUCCAGCUGUUCUCUUUUGCAUUCCUGAGAACAAUCAGCAAACCAAGGGUGUCUCUGCCUCCUGCAACCAGAGUAUACCCCAGAAAGAUGUCCAGUCACAGAAGGCAGGCAAUUGGGAGGAUGGGAGGCAGCAGAAGGAGCAGAGGUCCCGCAAGAAGUGCUCACAACAGCCCAACAGCCCCCACCUGCUCAGUGCAAACCCUGCCCUUCCCCAGUCUCAAAGGUCCCAAAGCAUACACUGCUGGGAUCACAGGGAGAGGAGCCGAAACCACAGGGGUGGCUCAGGCAGGAAUCUGAGCCGCCACCACCGCAGCCAGAGGUCCCGCUCUAUGUCUCCCAGUAGGCACAUCAGCACCUGGGACAAGUAA